AUGAAAUUUUCAUUCUUAAAACAUAAUCUAGAGAGCCUGUUGAAUCACUCCGAAUAAUUGGAUUCCCCGUCUUCAAUCAUUAGGAAGUUCGGUCCAUUCUUAAUGUCGAGCUUAUUCAAUUAGUAAUUGGAGGAGAGCAAACAAGUGAUAAAACAUAUGGAGCAGAACAUAGAUUAGGCUUAAUUUAUAAGAAAUUUCUCCUAUGAGCCUGGUAUAAAAAAUUGGAGGGUCAAUUUGAAAAAAUCAUUAGAAGGUUUAGCAUGUUCUUUAAUCGUUGGCAAUCCCAAUCUUAUUAAUAAACAUUAUGUUGAAUGUUUGUAUGAAAGCCAAAUACCAAUUUAUGAUGCAAUACCACUAGCCUACACUUUAGUCAUACAACAGAUAAAGAAGUGGCCUUUGUUGGAAGAGAAGGAAGUGUUGUCAAGAUUAAACUUGUGUUUGCAAAGUUAAAAAUAAGAAUUUCAAAAAAUAGGUCCCCAUGUAUUUUAGAUGAAAUUGCUUCUUUCAGAUUUAGGGAUAUAUUAUCCUGAAGUAGCUAAUUUCUUAAAAGGUAAAGUGUUUAACUCAGAUUUACCAUUGAAUUAUUUUGCCUAAGAUUUGAGAAUUGAAUAUUAAGACUUUUUUUUUGAAGAUGGGAAUCUAAUCGAUCUUAAAGUUGGAGAUUAAGUAUCACGAGAAUCAAAUUAUGAGGACUUUUCUUCAAAGAUAUGUUAGGAUUAAAAGAAUAUCUGAAUUAUACCCUAAUCUACAUGUGAUUUGGAUACAUAAUGACAUGAAGAAAGAAUAAUUAUAUAAAAUAAUUGGUGCUUGAGUUAUUAUUUUUCAUAAAUAGCAGUAUACAUAAAAAUAUAUUUAUAAA